AUGAGUGCAAGUUCUGAGCAUGGGUCCACGAGGAUGUGGGACAAGUUCAAGACGUCCACCAAGUCUCUAUCGAGCUCCUUGUCGCAAUUAUCGAUAAAACCUGAGACCGAUGGGAGUACGCCUACCUCUACGGUAGUUCACAAGGCAUUGGUGAAGUUUUACAAGCAUCAGGAGCCAUUCCAAGGGUUUCCUGGCUGGUUGGGUCACAAGGAGGACCUGCCUGAUGAGCAAAAGAUCCUCAAGAAACAGCAAAACCAUCAAUCCAAGUCUAGCAGAACAGGCGACUCUAUAACAUCCAAAUUUGAUAGUCUUCGUGGUGGCUUCAGCGAGAAAAGAGAGGAAAGGCCUGAUGCUGCUAGCCAAAGAACGACAGCAGGUAUGUCCUUCCACAGUAUCUACGAUAAACCAACCUCUUCUACUGACUUAUCCUCCAUGGCCUCACCAAGCGUUAGGAGUCCACUGAGAGCAAGAAGCACUUGGAGUUCAGAAGCUGAUAGUGCCAAGAUAAGUAGUGCUGGCACUAACAGUACUGCUGAAUCCAAUAACGGCAGCGCUAUGGACCCUCAAAAUAUGAUGAGAGCUAGGCUGUUACGUAGAAAUACCAGGCCAUUGAACAAUAUAUGA